ACAGUAAGUAUCUAGACCUUCCGCAAAUCGUGCGUCGCUGUCUUAAGGAAAGGAAAUAUUGGAUAAUGCAGCUUUAGUCGUAUUCCUAAAAAGAUGGGUCAUCGCGUCUGAGAUACCACUAAAUUAUUAGAUUUGUUCCAUUAAGUUUGAUGUGGGAGUCAAACACAGACGACAACAACAACAACAACUGUUUACGAUCAAUCAACUGACCCCACGAACGAUAACAACCCACCUUACAACAACAAGCCACGUUUCUGCGAAACAAUAAUAACGACAAUGUGGAUCGACAAAUAGUAUAUGUCAUCAUCUUCGUCAUCUACUUAAUGUAUCUACAAACAGCUACAAAAACAGUAGCAGCAUCAACAACUACAACAUACACCCGUAAUAGCGGUCUGACUUCUUCACCUAUCACUUAUUUCACCUAAGAUCGGGGAAAACGGAAAGACACUUUGUUUAAAUCUUAACAAAGAUGGGACUGUCAUGACUGGAUCAAUUUUGAAACUAACUCUUUUCAGUCAGGACUGAUUUGGAAAUAAACAACAACGACACAGUACAAAUCAACGGGGAAGGGCUCCUUUACGUGGUCGCUUGCCUUUCUCAAAAUAUCAGCCAAAUCUCCUUCAUUUCACGUCCUACUGUAUUAUGAAAGGUACCACUAAAUUAUGUAGUCCUGGAGAUACUACGACUGAAAAAGAAGGCGGAACAGUCGCGUUUUUUCUUUAUUGUGCUGGUCAAAUACAACCAACACCAGCACUUCCACCACCACCACUAUCAACAACACACACCAAUAACCAACAACUAGCUACGAAUACAACAUACACCAACAGAUAUAACUAGAACCAUGCAAUUGUAAUCAACAACAACGACGAACAUUAAGUGCCAGUGGACACAUGUAUUAAUGAUUUAAAGAAAAAGGAAAAAGCAAAAACACAGAUACUUAAAAUAUUCCACUCCUCUGUCAGUAUUAGAUGCAAAUAUAAUAUUUGAAAUCGGCUGAAAUAACAAUUGAAGCAAUGGAGAACACACCAGAUUUGGAAGGAAUGAAGACAGAUAAAGAGGGUGAAAAUGCAGAUGUUGGUGUAGAGCAGAAUGCAGUUACAGAAUCUAGUCAUGAUGAAGACAAACCUGAAGGAAAAGAAGAAACCAUGCCUGAGACAUCCCAGUUGGAACCAAAGGCAUCAGAAGAAAAUGAAAUAUCAAAAAAUGAGCAAUCACCAGAAGAGACAACUUUAUUAGAAGAGGUCCCCUUAGCAGUACAAUCACCUUCUAAUGAGGACACUGAACUUAAUCCAAGCUCAUCCUUUGAUAAACCUGAGCAAGAAAGUAAUCUAUCACAAGACAAAAAGUUUGACAAAUCUGAUGAAGUUAUAGAAGAGAGACAGGAUCCAAAACAGGAACCCCUUGCCAAGAGCACUCCUGAUUCAGAAUCUUCAUCAAAUGAGAAGCUUCCUGAAACAAAAUCAAACUCCAUAUUUAAUUAUAUUGAUAAUGAUCUCUCAGAAGCUUCAGAGAAAUCAAAUUCAAAAACACAAGAAUUGGAUUCUCUCAUAAAAUAUUACUUGAAGCAAGAUUCACGGAAAAACUCUGAUGGAAUUUUUAUAGCACCUGUUCACAAGAUAUGCUCUCAAAAUUCCAGGUUAAACCAUCAGUCACCAGUUAACCUGAAUACUAGGGGUCAAGAAGAAUUUUCAUUCAGUAAUCCAGAACAUUCUUUGAAUAGUGUCAUUUUAGAUUCAGUUAGAACAAGAAAACUUGCACAUGGAAUUCACCCAGUAACACUAAAUGCUUAUUCUUCAAAACAUAAGGCUAGCUCUUCCCAUCUUUGGCAUAAUGAUAAAGAUCGAAAUAAAAUCAUAGAAUCUUUGGAAAGAGCAUCUCAAAAUUACAGCCAAGCUAUGAAAACUCUAGAAGAUCUAGCAGAUAGGUUGAAGCUGUGUGAAUCUUGAAUUAGCAAAAAGAAAACUGGGCACAAAUGUCUUAAUCAUAUUACUCAAGUGAUUGUUCAUAAAAGUUUGGACUAACCAAAGACUUAUGAUCAUAAAUUUGAAUGUUUGAUUUGUUUCAAUUUUUUUAAAAAAUUUAUUUUCCCAUAUCUUUCUCCAUAUAUGAUGGCUGGGUGGGGAUCAUUCUUCAGUUUUAUAUAUCUGCAAAUGAAUUGUUGGAACAAGUGACCUUACAGUUUCAUAUUUGUCUCUUUUCAAUAAGUAAUCAAUUGUGAAAUACAAUGGUUGCCUCUCAGCAAAUGGAUGCACAUUGAGAAAUGUAUAUUGCUUAAUGGGAUAACAGAGUCGUUGCCACAAUUACUAUUCUAGUAUGCAAUUAUUUGCCUUCAGCAAACAGUCUUUUAAUUAAUUCACAAUCAUAAAUCAGAAGUCUGGACCCCAAGCUUAUGUAGAAGGUAGUAAUAAUAUGAACACUGGAGACAAUAGUAUCCCUGCUCAAACUGUAUACUUUUGGUGAAUUUAUUUACUAUUCAUGAACUAAGUCUAACUUGAUUAACUUAGGCUGAAAAAUAGUAAUUUUAACUUUUUUUUUUUACAUUUCACUGAUUAUUACCAUUAGAU